CAAUACUUGAGGGUAACGUAGCAGAGUCAAAGGACUGGACUGUUAACCCGCGGUUCUGGAAGCAGCGCUUCUGAGUUUGUUUCCAAGCCAAGCAUCCGGGCGAGGCGGGCGGUAGGGAAAAGGCCUAUUUAACCAUUGCAUUAAUUUGCGGGAGUGCAAAAAAAAAGGGGGAGAAGAAGUGUGUGUGUGGAGAAACGGAACUUCCGGUGCCUCCUCCGUGUUGUGUGGGUUUGUUUGGAAGAGGAGCCAGAGCAGCGACGACCACAGAGAAAGCACCGUGCUCGCUCGGUGUGCAAGCUACUAUUGAGCCAUGGUGAAAAUCAGCUUUCAGCAGCCGGCGGCGGCAGGGCUCAAGCCAGAGAAGGAAGCGGCGGCAGCGAGCUAUGGGGCCAAAGCAGAAAUCCUUCUGCCUCGGGAUGUGGAGGAGCAGCCCUUGCCAGUGCAGAACAGGAGGGCUCUCAGCCGCCUCUGCUACUUGACGAUGAUCCUGAUGCUAUUGUUCCUUGGCCUGAUUUUGACGUCAAUGUAUAUCUACCGAUAUUUCUCAGUUACUGGCUCAGCCCCGGCUUACUUGGAAAAUGUAUUCCGCUGUGGGGUCAUCUAUGAAGACCAUUCCUACUCUCAGUUAAGGGAACAACUGGAACUGCAUGAGGAUGUGAGGAUUUACCUGGAGGAGGACUAUGAGCAGAUCAAUGUCCCAAUGCCCCACUUUGGUGAAAGUGAUCCUGCAGAUAUUAUUCAUGAUUUUCAGCGGGGGUUAACGGCCUAUCAUGACAUCGCCUUGGACAAAUGCUACGUCAUUGAGCUGAAUACCACCAUUGUCAUGCCACCUCAGAAUUUCUGGGAGCUGCUGAUUAAUGUGAAGAAAGGGGCAUACCUCCCACAAACCUACAUAAUCCAUGAGGAGAUGAUAGUCACAGAACAUGUCACCGACAUGGAACAGCUUGGCUCCUUUAUAUAUCAUCUAUGCCAUGGCAAAGAGACCUAUAAGCUGAAGCGCAGGACUUCAAGGAGACAUAUUCACCGACGUGCUGCCAAGAACUGUCAUCACAUCCGCCAUUUUGAAAACACUUUUGUGGUGGACACAGCGUUUUGCCAGAAGUUGUGAGAGCCAUUCUCCAGCCGUAACCUCCUUGGGCUUUGCUUGUACCCAUCCAUUAAGUCUCCCUCCUUGAGAGAGAGUUUUGAUUAUUUUUUCUUCUUGCUCCUAUUGCAUAUGCAUUACUAACUUCUCAGGUCACUGGUGAUCAAGCAUGGGACCUUUGGUGUUUCUCUACUGCAUUUGCUUCUUACUUCACUGCUCGCUGGGCUUAAAUUUAUACAUUAACCUACUCCAAAAUGUGAGUAGGGGUUUUCCCUUCUAAAAACUGGCAUGAUCAUCCCUUCUGGGAGUGCAUGAUGGACUCCGAGAAGUGUAGGGAUGAAGAAUGAAAGAGAAAUUACAUAGAAUACUCCUGAUGAGAGUGCCUUGCCAUUAGCUGACUUGAUGGGUUUGGAGGCACCAUAAGAGCUUAUGAAUGCAUUUGACCUUUGCUCACUGGAGACAAAUAUAGCAGGCACCACCUCCUUGUUAGGAGAUGCCCUCAAUGUAUGAAUCCACUGUAAAAUUAAUCCCCUAAAGGGCAGCUGAAGGUGCAGCUAGGUAGGCCAUUUCUAUAGCCCUAAGCAGAAAUUCAUAGGACAAGUAUUACUCUACAAAGCAGCAGAGGUGGAUUUGGUUGUGCUAGUUUAUCUGAUUCUCCCCCCCCCCCCCACCAUUUCUCUGCAAUUGCUGCAAUCUCAAGAUGCAUGUAUGAUCUAUCUACAUGCAAUAUUGGGCCUGUUUUUCCAUCUUCUUCAAUGGAAAGGCAAGCAAAGUGUGUUUAGCCCUAAGUUUGUAGGUUUACAAGAGCAAGCCAUUCUGAGAGUUGCCACUGGGGAAGAGAUCCCGAAGUUGGUUUCCUCAACCCCCAGAAGUUGAGAGGACCGCUCUGAUGGUGUGCAUGGAUCUCUGUAUGUGUGAGAAUCUUAAACCCCCAUGUCAUACUGCUCAGCUCCACAAACUAAGCUGUAUCGAGCAUGCAAUGCGUUGGGUAAGGGUCAUAACACAGACCAGGAUUUAACUGAAAAGUGGCAGCAGAUCAACUUCCUGCACUGAGCCGAGGGUUAGACUAGAAGACCCCCCAAGACCUUUCAACUUUAAAAGUCUAUAAGCAAACUUAAUUGCCUUAUCUGUCAUGGUCUCACAGUGGUAAACGAUGCACAGGUUUAAAAUGGCUUGAUCUGUACUAAACCUACAGCACUAAUCGUGGGCCAAAAUAGACCAUCUGUUGAUAUUCUGACUCUUGUGCAUUUCCUUACAAAGACAUUCUAAGAGGUCAUUCACACAAUCAAAAAUUGUGUUCUCCCCAGGUUUGGGACUGCUGUCUGCGCUUCCAAUUUUCAGUUGUGUGGAAGCAAGGUAAGAGGGAAACCUGGGUAGAAGUGAUUGUGUGGAAGCAAGAUGGGAGGAAAAAAUACUCAGGUUUUUCUACUACCUUGCUUCCACACAACCAAAUAUUAGGAGCACACACAGCUCCCAAACCCAGGUAGAACACAGUUUUUGAUUGUGUGAAUGGCCUCUAAGUUUACAGUGCACAGUAAUAAGCAGUUUUUUUCCCCUAUCACACUGUUUGGCAUAAUCAUCCCCUUUCCAUUCAUUUUAAUUGGGGCAGCCCCUUCUGGUUCCUAGACCAUCACAAUGGACCCAAAUGAACAGUUUAGUCUCUUCCUGAAAUGUGAGCAGUUUUUGCUUUUAUUGUUGUAUAGAUGACUAGGCUUCGGCCAACUUUCCCUCCUCCAGUAUUUGAUUUGACUUAUUUUGGAAAUCUUCGUUUUAAUACUUCAGAAGAUAGGAAGCUGCCUUAUACGGAGUCAAACCAUUGGCCUGGCUAGCUCAGUAUUGUUUACACUCCAAGGUUUCAGGCAGGAGUCUCUCCCAGCCCUACCUGGAGAAGCCAGUGAUUGAAUCUGGGAACAUCUACGUGCAAAGCAGAGCCUUUACCAUUGAGCUAGUGCCCUGUUCCCUAAGAGGAAAGGCUUACCACAGAGAGUGCUCACAUGUAGUAAGAAGUGGGGUUCCCCCAGGAAUCUGUACUGCUGAGUAUUGUUGCUAGUUCUCCAGUCCAUGUCUGCCAUAAGCUCUAGAGUGGCAAGGGUUUUGAGGCAUCAUUAGACAAACAUGUUGCACAGCUCCAAGGAUGGGGGAUUCCUCCUUGUUGUGAAAGGCUGUGAUGAGCUGACUGAACUACAGCACAAUUUAGCACAACCCUUCUUCACAGGCAAACUUUCCAAAGACAGAAAAAAACCUUUACAUUAGAACAAGAUUACAAUUGGACAACCUAAUGCUUCUUCAUAGUCUUGUCCAUUCAGUGCGCAGAUGAAACAUUCCCUGAAGGAAAAAAUAGUCCAAAUUGUAUGCAAGUGGGAUGGGAAAGGACUGUUUGUGGAGCUUUGAGUUAGAGCAGGUGGAUGUUGAGGAAUGGUUUGCUUGUGAAAUGAUGUGUGAAAGGAUCUGUGUGGGCAGGUGAUGGGGAGGGCCCAUGAGUGUUACUGAGGGCCUUCCAGUUUACAGAAGUGUCUGAAUUAUGAGCUCUUUGCAUUCCAAAAAUGCCCUCUCAUGUUGAACUUCUGGUGCUGAUGAACAUAGGUGUGGGGCAGCUACAUAGAAAUACAUGUCUGUGUUGACUGGUUUUAGCAGUCUCUGUGGCAAUCUCCUUGUGGUGAGGUGUCUGUCUGAAGUGAUCUGGCGCUCUGCUAAUGCCAACCCACCCAAUUGUGGAAAGUAGCAGCUUCGCUGCCCUGGUAUAUCUGUGGCUUGCCAAUACUACUAAUGAAGUGUGUUCUGGUUUACCUCGUUAUCCACAGCGGGGGUUCCACUCCCGCAGUUUGCCACAGAUAACGAGACUGCAGAUAACAAGGUACUGAGACGCUUCACACGAGCAGUGUGAAAUGCCAUGGGGAGCUUUGCGGGGCGAGCAGCUUUGACUCGCUCUCCUUGCAGACAGUCACAUACCCAGACGAGCGGCAGCUGGACUCCGGCUCUCCGGCACCUCACCAUGUCUUGCCUGGCAGCUCCGGGGGUUGGGUGAAGGAAAGCACCGCCACACGGUACCCCCCGGAGCCCCAGUAAUGCACUGCGCGAGUGUGGGGUGCAUUCCUAGGAUCCCCUCUCCCUCCAAGUGUGCCUGCCACAGCUGACACACGAUCAAUUGAAUGAGGUUAACAGAGCGCUCACUUAAAGGGGUAGCUCCAUAAGUGGGCUUGCCGCUGCUGGUUCUCACGAGCAGCAGAAACUGGGUUGGACUCCCUUAGCCUGGUUUCGGCUGGUUGAGGGAAUAGCUUCCUUGAGUCAAUGGGACUUGGGUGAUUCGGUUCCUGGAGGCACAGAAAAUGGACAAAAACAGCAAAAAAGGGCCCUGGAAAUUGAGAAAUAAGUGCUCUAUCAUGCUCUGCAGGUCUCCAGGCAUCCAGUAAUGCCCCUCAAAACUCCCAAAUGUGGGGGAAAUCAUGUGGCCCCCCCCAUUGUUUGUUUCUUACAACUGAGCCACAAUGUGGCUCUUCCUAAAAUGGCAGAUGGAAAUGAUCUCUGAAGUCAUUUCCAGCCAUUCCAAACCCACAGGUAUGCAGAAUUAACCCUUUUUUGAUCCCCUUUUUCUGUGUAGGCCGAGGUUGGGUGCCAAUUACUCGACUGCGGAUAUGCAAACCCGUGGAUGUUGGCUCUGCAGAUAACAAGAUUUGCCUGUAAUGUUGUGCUAGAAGCUGCAAAGACAAAAUGAACAGUGACAAAAUAAGCCUUGCUUAUGAUUUACCAUCUGUCAAAAUUAUGUGAACACUGUGUGACCAGUCACUUACACACUUUAUUAUUAAUAUUAGCAAGCCAUUCAGAGCAUAUUCGCAACAUGGAGGCUUCUUAUUCUUAAUGCUGUUUUAACUUUAACCUGAAAAUGCAAACACAGUUUUCAGACGCAGCUGAAAUAUUUUGCUUGGUUAGAGUCAGUGUUCAAACGCCUAUUUAUUUCAGUGGGAUUUCACUGGAAGAGUUUAGGUGGCAGAGGGAAAGGAGCAUCAGUUUGCUUUAUGACAGUUGCACCAAACGGAUAAAUUUAAGCCCCACAUUAGCUUCUGUGCUACCUACCUGCCCUUGGGUUGGAAAUCGGCCCUUUCCUGUUUGGUUCUGCAUGUUUUAAACUGGUUAUUAAUCUUGUUAAUCCCGUGCAAAACAGAAUCAGAAGGAUAAGGCCUUAGUUCUUUGUCAGAACUAAAGUUCAUUCAAAGAGUCAGUACAUCAAUGCUCAUGUGGGUGGGGGGGGGGGGAGACCUUUGAAUGCUUUAUAUGUUUUGUCUGAAAGAAAUCUUACCUUUUAGUAAAAUGAAUAAGAUAAUAAAAUACUUCUAGUUUAUAA